CCUAAAGGCUGGAAAACACGGUUAAUCCGUCUACGUGUGUGCGCGCGCGUAUCCUAUCGAGUUCUCCUGAGCGGUUGUUUUGGCCUGACGGUUCUCCUGGAGCUUUGAGGAGGUUGGAUAGAAAUUAGCAGUUGGCAGGAUACGGACGCGUCUCGGAAUAUCCGCAACAAAAUAAAAGGUUGUGAAAGAAGCCUGACGCUGUAUCUGUGAUAUGCGUCGUCUAACCUGAGGACGAGUGAGAAUCUGCACGUUCCAUCUUUCUCUUCACCUCCUCCUCCUCCUUUCUCUGUUUCUCUUUUCUCUACCUCUCUCCUUCCUGCCUGCUCUCUCUCUAUUUUUUCUUCGUUGUUGAGGCAGCGUGACUUCAGAGUGAACAGAGCUUCCAGAUACGACAGUUUUCAAGCUGAGCGAGUGAGUGAAAGGAGGAGGAGGAGGAGGAGGAGAGAAGAGAGUGAACCUGAGGGCAGUCCCGCCUUUCCUUACCUUCGAGCUGUGGUAACAGGGGGAGUGGAGAGAGGAGAAAGGAGGGUGAAGCAGAAGGAGCUGGGAGUCUAGCAGGAUCCAGAGCUCGGUGUGUGGACCCAGAGCAGGCUUGAUGCUGUGAGACGAGCGCAGAUCAGCUAAACAUCCGGUCCAUUCGCUGAAACAACUCAGAAAGAGAGCGCGAGAGCAAGAGGGGGGGAGGAGUGAAUAUGGGAGUCCUGCUGUGUAGCGUGCUUGUGCUGGCCCUGAUCUGUCAAAAUCAUAGCUACAGUGUCAGAAGCCCUCUGGACACGUACAAACGAUUUGAAGAGACGAUGUGGUCUGAGCUGAACGACUGCUCCCAGGCCAGGCAGCCUUUCGUCCUGUCCAACCCUUACAACUUCUCCUUGGAAAUCCGUAUGCCAGGGGUCAUCCCAACAGUGUCUGAUUCUUAUUAUUGUAUGGCUGUUCCUGUGCCCACAUCAAGGGAGGCCUUUAUAGUGGACUUUGUGCCCCAUGCUUCCAUGGAGACAGCCCACCACAUGCUCUUAUACGGCUGCAGAACCCCCUACUCCACCAAAGGCUACUGGGAUUGUGGGACAGAACAGGGCACCUGUGAGGACGAGGCCAAGAUUAUGUACGCCUGGGCCAGAAAUGCUCCACCCACCAAGCUCCCUAAAGAUGUCGGCUUCAGAGUUGGAGGAGAUAGCAAAAUUACCUACUUUGUGCUGCAAAUCCAUUAUGGUGAUGUCAAAAACUUUAGAGAUCACCAUAAAGACUGCUCAGGACUUACUCUAAGAAUGACUUCCAAACCACAGCCCUUUUUAGCAGGCAUGUACCUGAUGUUGUCCGUAGACACCGUCAUCCCUCCAGGAAAAACAGUAACCAACGCUGACAUCGCUUGCUCUUAUUUAUCAUACCCGAUGUACCCGUUUGCCUUCAGAACCCACACGCAUCGCCUUGGUAAAGUUGUUAGUGGUUACAGAAUUCGAAACGGACAGUGGACGUUGAUUGGGCGGCAGUCUCCACAGUUACCACAGGCCUUUUAUCCAACCAGCAAUGCCAUUGACGUAAGAUACGGAGACACGCUGGCUGCUCGCUGCGUUUUCACAGGAGAGGGAAAGACCUCUAAAACACACAUCGGUGGUACUUCCAACGACGAGAUGUGUAACUUCUACAUCAUGUACUACAUGGACAGCAAGCAUGCUUUGCCUUACAUGGAUUGCAUGGACCACGGCAGCAGCAGUCUUUUCAGAAACAUUCCUGCCGAAGCCAAUGUCCCUAUUGCCAUCACCCCGGACCAAAUGAUGUCUAUGAUGCAUGGCUCAGAGCAUAAAGACGGCGAAGAUGACGCCGCGCUCCAGCAACCAAAGAGGGAGGAGGAGGAGGUUCUGGAUCAGGGAGCCCAUCUGGAGGAGGUGACUGGCUGGCCGGAGGUGGCGCUGCAACUAGGUCAGGUGUCCGGUCUGGCUCUGGACUCUGAUGGGAACCUGGUUAUCUUCCACAGAGGAGAUCACAGAUGGGGAGUCAACUCGUUUGACAACGAUGCGAUUUACCAGCAGAACUCCCUCGGCCCCAUUCAACAGUCCACCAUCUUGGUGGUGGAUCCAGUCAAAGGCAAUGUGCUCAAGGCCUCAGGGAGAAACAUGUUUUACAUGCCACAUGGUAUCACAACUGAUAAGGACAAUAAUUAUUGGGUGACGGAUGUAGCUCUUCAUCAGGUGCUGAAAAUUAGCAGCGAUGGUAAAGAGAAGCCGCUGCUGGUUCUGGGAGAGGCUUUUGUGCCAGGCUCUGACAAGAACCAUUUCUGCCAGCCUACUGAUGUCGCCGUGGACCCAGACAAUGGCAACAUCUACGUGUCUGACGGCUACUGCAAUACCAGGAUCCUCACAUUCUCACCAGAGGGCAAAUAUUUGUCCCACUGGGGAGCAGGUUCGUUGGAUCGACGGAAGCGUGUGCCUUUCCAGAUCCCCCACAGCCUGGCCUUCGCGGCGGAUAAGCGCGAGCUGCUGGUGGCUGACAGGGAGAACGGGCGUGUGCAGUGCUUCAUGGCCGACACGGGCGAGUUUGUGAAGGAGAUCAAGAAGGAUGAGUUUGGAGGCGAAGUGUUCGCCGUCUCCUACUCACCUGCACAAGGUGGUUUAAUCUACGUGGUGAAUGGAGAAUCAGCAUACGGCCAGUCUGCUCCGCUCCGAGGCUUCGUGCUCAAUUAUUCAACCAAGGAGAUCCUGGAUAUGUUUGCUCCAGACACGCAGAAAUUCAAAAUGCCUCACGACAUUGUUGUUGUGAACGAUGGAAGUGUCUUUGUUGGGGACGCCGCCUCAGACUCGGUUAUAAAGUUUGUCCCAUCGGAAAAAGCAGAGCACCGUUCUGUUAAAAAGGGAGGAAUCGAGGUGCAGGAAAUUGAAGAAACCGAGACGUUCGUCCAGGCCAAAUUGAAGCCGAUCCACAAGCAGAUGGUCCACACCCCUGAAGUAGCCGUACAGAAACUAACCACGACUAAAGAGAAGGAGGCAGCGCCAGCUCAACAGGCCAAAGCUCCGGAGGAGAUGGAGAAAGAAAAGGAGAAUGAGAAGAAGAGUGAUACAAAUCAGGGUCUGUCUCCUGCAGUCCUCACCACUCUGCUCCUGCUUCUUCCUCUGGUGCUGGUCAUCACCAUCGGCGUCUUCAUCCGCUGGAAGAAGGGCAGGAUGUAUGGAGAUGGCCAUGAGGUGAAGCUGGAACCAUCAGGAUCAUCAGGAGGAAUCUUGGGUAAACUCAGAGGCAAAGCUGCAGGGACAUUAAACUUGGGCAAUUUCUUUGCAACCCACAAAGGCUACACACGGCAGGGCUUUGACCGCCUCAGCACGGAGGGCAGCGACCUGGAGAAGGAUGACGAGGACGCCACUGACUCGGAGAACGAGGAAUACUCUGCUCCGCCUCCCCCCGUUUCCUCGUCCUAAUGAUCCGGCCCAGGCUCCGCCCCUCCGUCUGUGCUCGAACCCUUACAAUGUACUGCAAUCCUAUAUGUAACUAUACGCAUUGGCUGCCAAUAUAUUUAAUUUAUUUGUGCAGAAACCUUUUUUUUUCCUCAAUAGAAAAUAUGACUGUCAUUUUUAUUUAUGAUUUUAGAGGAGCAAACACAUAGAGGAGCAAACACUGGUAGUUUUAGGGAUAUAGCUAUAUGCUUAUUUUUAAUGGAAGACGAGAAGGAGGUUGUUUUCAUUUUAAUUUGACAGACGUAUGCCGAUAAUUUAUCUUGAUAAAACUUGAUAGUUUUUAUUUUGUUUUGUUUUGUUUUUCUUUAAGUUUUCAGGUAACUUGUCCAGAUGUUUGUUUUAUCUCUAAUUUGUACAUUUGUGCCUUUUUGAUUAUGUAUUUCGCCUUCUGCAGCACCUAUAUUACUACAGAUGUGCCACUUUCUUCAAAGCGCUGCUAUUGUCACCUGUAUUUUGAUUUAUGUCGUGCCGCAUUAAAUGAAAAUUAAAAAAAAAAAUAGAGGAUUAUUAAGAUGUAUCUAAAGCUGUAUUUACAACAUUUUCCAAGCAGGAUGUGAGAUGUGUCUGAUAUUUGUUGUGACAUACUGAGGUUUUAUUGCAAGAAUUACUAUUUUCAGUAACAAUGUUAUUUGUGUAAUAAAGUGUCUGCAAAGCAUCACA